AUGGUAGUCACUAUGGUGUUCGUGAGUGGAUUGAGGUCAGUGGAGACUAGGCAGAAGUUGUUGGAGAAUGAGGAGUUAUCAGUGAAAGAAGCGUUAGAGCAUGCGGAAGCAUUUGAGAAGGUGGUAGAAAACGCGCCCAGUAUAGGGCGUAGAAAUGAAAGUGUGUUGGGUACAGUGAAAGUAAGUAAGGAACAGAAAAAUUUAAGACUAAGCCAGAGGGAGCAGCGAAGGGGUAAAUGGGAAAGAGAUAAGAGAGAUGCGAACUUAGGAUUGAGAGGAGGACUCGGAUCUUUAGUAAAUCGGAUAAGCGAUUGGGAAUAA